UUUUGUUUUUCGACCCGUGUGUUUUUCUGUCCCUUUUUUUUCGUGUUGCAUAUUAAAUAAAAAACGGCAUAUAAAUAGAAUUGACCCAAGUUAAAGAAUCGCUGCAAUGUCAGCCUUCACGGAAUCCGCUCUUAUCAAGAAACUAUCCGAACUGAACCCCAGCCAGCAGAGCAUACAAACAUUGUCCUUAUGGCUGAUCCACCAUCGGAAGCACCACACGGCCAUAGUCCAGACCUGGCAGCGCGAAUUGCAAAAUGUGCCGGAACCGAAGAAGCUAACGUUCAUGUAUCUGGCCAACGAUGUUAUACAGAAUAGCAAAAAGAAGGGGCCCGAAUAUGGCAAGGAGUUCAGUAAUGUGCUGCCCAAGGUGUUUAGCCAUAUUGGCGAAACCUGCAGCUCGGAGAAACUGCUGGGUAGUCUGGGACGUAUUUUGAACAUCUGGCAAGAGCGCGGCGUCUACGAUCCCAAGGCGAUUGCCGAUUAUCGGUCGCGCAUGAAUCGCGAGGGAGCUGCAUCAACAGCGGCUGCGUCCAAUGGCAGCAAGAGUGGCGGUGAAUCAGCUGCGGGUCACAAGCACAACCACACCAGCAGCAGCAGCAGUAGCGGCAACAGCAUCAGCAGCAGCAACAACAACAACAAGUCGGAGAAGUCCGAGAAACGCGAGAAACGUAAACAUGAAGAGAGACACAUGAAGUCGAAGCGACCACGUGCAUCGCACCAUCAAAGCAUCAGCGUAGAGUCGCCUGUCGUUGAGCCCGAGAAUGGACACACGCCUCCAUACUUGCCAUUGGGCGAACCGCCCGAGCCCGAAGAGCUAAUCAAAGCGCUGACCAGUAUUGAGAACUCGGCGUCAAGCGAUGCGUUGGUGCGCGAACGCAUCGCCAAGCUGCCGCCCGAAAUAUCUGAAAUAAGCUGCAUUAGCAAACUAGAGGAUAAAGACAAGGCCAAGGUCUUGGCCAAACAGGUCAAUGAGGCCGUUGAGCUGCUGAACGACUACAAUGCGCGUCUGGCGGCUGAAAUGGAGGAGCGCACCAAAUUGGCAGCGAUGCUGCGCGACUUUCAGGCGGAGCAGAAGGAGCUACUGGCCCAAGCGGAGCAGCGCUUGGAUGAGCACAAGAAGAAACUGGCCAAGAUGAUGAGUCUGCAAAAAGAGAUACACGAUCACUUGUCCAACUUGCCCGACCUGACGCAGCUGCCAGACGUUACAGGCGGCCUGGCACCGCUCCCCUCAGCCGGCGAUCUCUUUAAUACCCUACACUGAGCUGGACACCAACACGAUUCGAAAAUAAGCGCUGAGUCAAAGCCUAGAUUUUUACAUACUAUACAUAUAGAAAUAUAUUAAAUACAAUAUAAUGACUUCGUUAGCUUAUGUAUUUGCUCGUAAUACCUUCAGCCACAUUCAACAAAAUAAUAACAAUUAAUUGAUUGCAAUUAACAUUUAUUGACAGUUAAACUGAAAGCACAUGCAAUU